CAUUUAAAGAACAUUCAAUGCUAUGAACAACAUAUAUGGACCAAGAGAUGGUAAGGAGGCUUGUUGGAGUGGCCCAUGUGAGAAAUGGAUUCCAACUUAAGGUGCGGAUGGGGUGGUGGUAGUGAAUGGAUUCUAUGGAUUCCCUAUCUCACUGGUCGCUACUCAGUAUCCUUUGCUGAUUUCUCCAGGUCUUGGAUGUCAGACUUCAUCUCUAGCUGUGUUCUUCCCUGGGUGAUCUGAUCCAAUCCCAUGAUUUUGAAUAUGAUCAGCAUUUUAGUCCUGAAUAUUUCUAGGUCCCAAACCUCUCAAAACUCAUAUUCAACAUCUUGAUAUGAAUUUCUCAAUAUUCCAAGUCAACUCCUCGAUUACCCAACACCAGUUGUUCAUUCAUCCAGUUGCUCAGAGCAAAUGUUUUGGGUGCCAUCUUCAAUGUACUUUUAUAACCUGCAUCUAAUCCUUAAGUGAGUCCACGUGGUUCUAACUUGAAUAUCCAGAGUUAUCUAAUACUUCUAACCACUACCACGACUACCAUCCUAGCACAGGUGACAACAAUAGCUUAUAAUUGUUCUCCUUUUUUCUACCUUUGCCUUCCUGUGAUUUAGUUUUUGCAUAACAGGAAGCCUUUUAAGAGGGCAAAGCAGAUUUUCUCAUUUCCCUGUCCCCCACAAACUCCAGUGGUUUCUCAUCAUGACGAGAAUUAAAUUCUAAAUCUGGUCCUUCACUUGCCCACUGCUUUGGCCACACUGACUGCUUUGCCAGGACUCCCCCAUCUUGGAGCUGUUGUAUGUACAUCUUUGGCAUGGGGAAGUUUUUCACUCAUAUUCUCAGGGCUCAUUCUUUCUAAAUUUCAGGUCCUUGUUCCAUCCAGUGUCACCCCGUCAGAGGCCUUCAGUGUUCGUUUCUAAAGUAGUACCCUUAGUCACUUUACUCACUGGAUACUUUUGCUUAAUAGCAUUUAAAACUUAACCUAGAAUCAACCACGAGGGGCAGGAACAUUUUGGUCACUAUCCCUAGUGAGCAGAAUAGUGCAUGGGCAUAUUCACAUUUUGCUGAAUGAACUAAAAAAUAAUUUCAUGAUGGAUGUUGGAUUAAAUGGGUAGUGCUGCUGAUGACAUUAAAAUUAGAAGUGUGUAUCUGGGGAAGGGGUUUGGAUUCAGACAUUUGCGGUAUCCAGGAGGAAACAUCAAGCAGUUGAUAAUGUUUUUUGAAGUUCAGCGAUCUGCCCCAAAGUCAAGAAUGCAACACUAUGUAUAGGUUGUCCCUGUAGUCAUGUUCUUGGAGUUCACUGGAAGCCCAGGGGGAGUAAUUUCAUUUGACGACCAUAUACAGGCCUAAUGGGAGCCUGCAAAGUACAGCGGCCGCCGUCAUGGGUAGAUUACAGGAUUCCCAUCUGUAAGGUCAGUACUGUGGGGGUGGAGGGCCAAGCGAAACCAAUAAAAUAGGUCUGUUGGCCGAGUUUCCUCAACUUAACGGGGAUCGGUUAAAUUGAACACAAAUCGUUGGAUCCGUCGCGUCUCGCGUAACCAGGCUGACGCUGAAAACCCUGGACCUACGUGGGCAGGCCCUGGGGUGCGGACAUCUAUUUUGCCCUUCUUAGCCAAGGUACUUUAGCCGGGGUAUGAAAAGUGAAGAGGCAAACCGCAGCCAACACCCCAGCUACCGCGAGCAGUGGGACUAAAAUGCGCAACCGCAGUGGACAUCUAGGCCUCAGCUCCGCUUCUGGUGGCUUACGUCAUUACUCAGCGACAGCCUUGAGGAAGGUCCCUUCUCGCUCGCCAUCUCUGCGACUUUAAUGCGCUUGCGCACGUGCUGUCUACCAGUUCCUGAGAGGGACGCGUGCCGCGGAGCCAGGCUUACUACGUGACCCGGCCACCAGGCAUACGCUAGGGGCCGUCAGCUGUGCCUUCUCUUUCGGAGUUGUUCCGUGCUCCCACGUGCUUCCCCUUCUCCACUGGCUGGGAUCCCCCGGGCUCGGGGCGCAGUAAUAAUUUUUCACCAUGCAUCGGAAAAAGGUGGAUAACCGAAUCCGGAUUCUCAUUGAGAAUGGAGUAGCUGAGCGGCAAAGAUCUCUCUUUGUUGUAGUUGGGGAUCGAGGAAAAGAUCAGGUGGUAAUACUUCAUCACAUGUUAUCCAAAGCAACUGUGAAGGCUCGGCCUUCAGUGCUGUGGUGUUAUAAGAAAGAGCUGGGGUUUAGCAGUCACCGGAAGAAAAGAAUGCGACAGCUGCAGAAGAAAAUAAAGAAUGGAACAUUGAACAUAAAGCAGGAUGACCCCUUUGAACUCUUCAUAGCAGCCACAAACAUUCGCUACUGCUACUACAACGAGACCCACAAGAUCCUGGGCAAUACCUUCGGCAUGUGUGUGCUGCAGGAUUUUGAAGCCUUAACUCCAAACUUGCUGGCCAGGACUGUAGAAACAGUGGAAGGUGGUGGGCUAGUGGUCAUCCUCCUACGGACCAUGAACUCACUCAAGCAAUUGUACACAAUGACCAUGGAUGUGCAUUCCAGGUACAGAACUGAGGCCCAUCAGGAUGUGGUGGGAAGAUUUAAUGAAAGGUUUAUUCUGUCUCUGGCCUCUUGUAAGAAGUGUCUCGUCAUUGAUGACCAGCUCAACAUCCUGCCCAUCUCCUCCCACAUUGCCACCAUGGAGGCCCUGCCUCCCCAGACUCCGGAUGAGAGUCUUGGUCCUUCUGAUCUGGAGCUGAGGGAGUUGAAGGAGAGCUUGCAGGACACCCAGCCUGUGGGUGUGUUGGUGGACUGCUGUAAGACUCUAGACCAGGCCAAAGCUGUCUUGAAAUUUAUCGAGGGCAUCUCUGAAAAGACCCUGAGGAGUACUGUUGCACUCACAGCUGCCCGAGGACGGGGAAAAUCUGCAGCCCUGGGAUUGGCAAUUGCUGGGGCGGUGGCAUUUGGGUACUCCAAUAUCUUUGUUACCUCCCCAAGCCCUGAUAACCUCCAUACUCUGUUUGAAUUUGUAUUUAAAGGAUUUGAUGCUCUGCAAUAUCAGGAACAUCUGGAUUAUGAGAUUAUCCAGUCUCUAAAUCCUGAAUUUAACAAAGCAGUGAUCAGAGUGAAUGUAUUUCGAGAACACAGGCAGACUAUUCAGUAUAUACAUCCUGCAGAUGCUGUGAAGCUGGGCCAGGCUGAACUAGUUGUGAUUGAUGAAGCUGCCGCCAUCCCCCUCCCCUUGGUGAAGAGCCUACUUGGCCCUUACCUUGUUUUCAUGGCAUCCACCAUCAACGGCUAUGAGGGCACUGGCCGGUCACUGUCCCUCAAGCUAAUUCAGCAGCUCCGUCAACAGAGCGCCCAGAGCCAGGUCAGCACCACUGCUGAGAAUAAGACCACGACGACAGCCAGAUUGGCAUCAGCGCGGACACUGCAUGAGGUUUCCCUCCAGGAGUCAAUCCGAUACGCCCCUGGGGAUGCAGUGGAGAAGUGGCUGAAUGACUUGCUGUGCCUGGAUUGCCUCAACAUCACUCGGAUAGUCUCAGGCUGCCCCUUGCCUGAAGCUUGUGAACUGUACUAUGUUAAUAGAGAUACCCUCUUUUGCUACCACAAGGCCUCUGAAGUUUUCCUCCAACGGCUUAUGGCCCUCUACGUGGCUUCUCACUACAAGAACUCUCCCAAUGAUCUCCAGAUGCUCUCCGAUGCACCUGCUCACCAUCUCUUCUGCCUUCUGCCUCCCGUGCCCCCCACCCAGAAUGCCCUUCCAGAAGUGCUUGCUGUUAUCCAGGUGUGCCUUGAAGGGGAGAUUUCUCGCCAGUCCAUCUUGAGCAGUCUGUCUCGAGGCAAGAAGGCUUCAGGGGACCUGAUUCCAUGGACAGUGUCAGAACAGUUCCAAGAUCCAGACUUUGGUGGUCUUUCUGGUGGAAGGGUCGUUCGCAUUGCUGUUCACCCAGAUUAUCAAGGGAUGGGCUAUGGCAGCCGUGCUCUGCAGCUGCUGCAGAUGUACUAUGAAGGCAGGUUUCCUUGUCUGGAGGAAAAGGUCCUUGAGACACCACAGGAAAUUCACACCGUAAGCAGCGAGGCUGUCAGCUUGUUGGAAGAGGUCAUCACUCCCCGGAAGGACCUGCCUCCUUUACUCCUCAAAUUGAAUGAGAGGCCUGCCGAGCGCCUGGAUUACCUGGGUGUUUCCUAUGGCUUGACCCCCAGGCUCCUCAAGUUCUGGAAACGAGCUGGAUUUGUUCCUGUUUAUCUGAGACAGACCCCGAAUGACCUGACCGGAGAGCACUCGUGCAUCAUGCUGAAGACUCUCACUGAUGAGGAUGAGGCUGACCAGGGAGGCUGGCUUGCAGCCUUCUGGAAAGAUUUCCGACGGCGGUUCCUAGCCUUGCUCUCCUACCAGUUCAGUACCUUCUCUCCUUCCCUGGCUCUGAACAUCAUUCAGAACAGGAACAUGGGGAAGCCAGCCCAGCCUGCCCUGAGCCGGGAGGAGCUGGAAGCACUCUUCCUCCCCUAUGACCUGAAGCGGCUGGAGAUGUAUUCACGGAAUAUGGUGGACUAUCACCUCAUCAUGGACAUGAUCCCGGCCAUCUCUCGCAUCUAUUUCCUGAACCAGCUGGGGGACCUGGCCCUGUCUGCGGCUCAGUCGGCUCUUCUCUUGGGGAUUGGCCUGCAGCAUAAGUCUGUGGACCAGCUGGAAAAGGAGAUUGAGCUGCCCUCGGGCCAGUUGAUGGGACUUUUCAACCGGAUCAUCCGCAAAGUUGUGAAGCUAUUUAAUGAAGUUCAGGAAAAGGCCAUUGAGGAGCAGAUGGUGGCAGCGAAAGAUGUGGUCAUGGAGCCCACGAUGAAGACCCUCAGUGACGACCUGGAUGAAGCAGCAAAGGAAUUUCAGGAGAAACACAAGAAGGAAGUAGGGAAGCUGAAGAGCAUGGACCUCUCUGAAUACAUAAUCCGUGGGGACGAUGAAGAGUGGAAUGAAGUUUUGAACAAAGCUGGGCCGAACGCCUCGAUCAUCAGCCUGAAAAGUGACAAGAAAAGGAAGUUAGAGGCCAAACAAGAACCCAAACAGAGCAAGAAGUUGAAGAACAGAGAUACAAAGAACAAAAAAGAUAUGAAACUGAAGCGGAAGAAAUAGUGAAGAGAAACUCGGGCAUCUGUGUUUGAUCAUGGGAAGAUACUCUCACUAACUGAACCCUCUCUGGCUGGACUGUUAAAAGCAACGAGAGGCCCUGGCACACCUGGAAGCUGGCCGCGAAUUCGGCCUCUGGGCCUGUGUGUCUGUGAGCUCAACCUGGCUAAAGGCGGAGUCACUCCCAAAUGUGUCUCUUUAGAACUUGAUGGCUGGGCACUGCCAUCUCUAGAAUUGCCAGGAGUCUCUCUCUCCCUGCCCAGUCCGGGGCCCUCCUUUCCUAUAAGUUCAUAUUUUGCUUUGAGCCAGCUUUUUAGUCUCAUUCCCACACAUGUGGAAGCCACGUUGCCUCUCGACUGCCUGAGGCCCUUAAGUACAUCGCUUUCUGGUGGUGCCCAGGAGGCUGUUGCUGGGCCGCUGGGUCUCUCUUUGUGGACUUGUGCCUGGAGCAGGAGGAACUCCAGUCCGUCCCGGCAUCCAUGGCUGCCCGCGGUUAGGUGCGCCAGGGUUUGCUGAUGUUGUCUUGUGCUGUUCCACUCUUGGCUCCAGCAGACCCACUGUCCCAGAAAAGCCUGAGCCUGUAGUUUAUGUAGAAUGCCACAUCUGCGUCCUCAAGACCUGUUUCAUCCAUUUGGGAAAAGAUGUUGGGAAAGGCCACUUUGCUCGCAGGGGUGAGGGGAAGGAUAGAGAAUCUAUUUUUAAUAAAUAACAUUCUAGAAAGA